GAGAGACAGAGCGACAACCAUAUAUACGGAGAGAGAAAGUGAAAAAGAUGGCAACGUGUAUCGUUUAGGGGAUUUUCGUUGUGAUUUUGUUGUUCUCUCUGCUAUUUUUAUGAGCUUGUGGACAGCUAAACCUGCAGAGAUUUCUCUUUCUGCUUUUUUGGGAUUUUUGGGAUUUUUUUUUGGGCGGAGGAGAUGGCGAGGAACGGAGUGUUUUCGCGGCGGCGGACGGCGGCGGAGAUGGAGGAUUCCGACGAGGUGGUGCUGUCGGAGGAAUCUCACGAUGUUCAUGUUCUCGCCGUCGACGACAGCCUCGUCGAUCGGAAAGUCAUUGAAAAGUUGCUGAAAAUUACGGCCUGCAAAGUGACGACGGUGGAUAGUGGGAGGAGAGCUCUGCAAAUUCUGGGACUGGACGAGGAGAAAACCUCUGUCCAAUUCGAUGGUUUGAAGGUGGAUCUGAUAAUCACAGAUUAUUGUAUGCCUGGGAUGACUGGCUAUGAAUUGCUCAAAAAGAUUAAGGGUUCAUCUUUUAGGGAAAUACCAGUGGUGAUCAUGUCGUCCGAGAAUGUUUUGGCACGAAUAGACAGAUGUUUGGAAGAAGGCGCCGAAGAUUUUCUCUUAAAGCCGGUGAAAUUGUCGGACGUUAAACGCUUGAAGAGCUACAUGUUUGGCGACGACCGGUUUCACGGCGAAGACGGCGGGACAAACAAGCCGUCGGAAUCGCCAGAAAUAUCCGACGACACAUCGUCAUCAUCAGCGCCAUCUCUCUCGCUCUCGCCAUCACCAACGACGUCAAUGGAUCUGUCUUCAUGUCUCUCGCUCUCGCCAUCCCCAACAUCAAUUGAUCUCUCGGCAACUCCCUCGCCGCCUUCCACCUCAUCUCCAUCGUCGCCCAAGACAUUCUCCUCGUCGUCAUCGCCUUCAACCAACUCGUCCUCGCCUCCCUCCCCGGUGGCGCCAGCUUCCCCGACGAGAAUACUUAAACGACGCGAUGGCGAUUAAUACUAGGAGAACAGUAGUUUUUUUUUCUUUCCUUUUCCAUUUUGUUUUUACAGAGGCAAGCCAAUUACCCCAUCUCUGUUCUGCAGUUUUUUGUUGGCUUGUCAUAUUUUUUGUUCUUAUUGUUCUUGAUUUCCCUCAAAUCACAUGCAAUAUCUUUAAAUGUUCAUACUUGUUAUAACUUCAGCAAGACUGUUUCUAUAUUCCAUUUAUAACUAUAAUAAUGAUUAUUAUUAUUAACAUUUUA